GGCAUCAGCAGGCGUGUCUUUCCAUGUGUUUACAGCCACUGUAGUGACGCGUCGCGUCUCAGCACGCACAGCUGCGCGACAACUCACUUUCUGCCGGUUUCCUGAGCACUUCAUGAGAAUGGAAAACAAACGUAACACUUCCAGUUGACGGCUGGACAUCUAUGAAAUAUGUCUAAAAAAGUGGAUUAUUGUUAUUGCGUUAUUACUUUAUAUGAUCAUGGCCGCGUCGGAGUGCGCAAGAAACUCUGAAGUGAAACAGAGCGAAACAUGGAAGCGUCACAUUAUCAGACAGCUGAAAUCUCGCAACAUGUCACAGACGAGUGUCUUCCAGGAUAUUAUAGAGUCAUAUCACAGUCUGCUUGAGAAGUCUAAGCAAAGAGCCCUCAUUACCAAAGGUAUUCUGGGAUCAGGAACAAGGUCUUCAGGGGUGCCCCCCACUGAGGAUUCUUUGACCUCUCUGAAGACAACAACUGGCGAGCUUGCAUAUCAAGUGGUGGAACUGCAGCAGAGAAUCCAGUUAAAGGAAGCUGCACUUGAUGAACAACAUACCAAGCUGUAUGAGGUUCAGAAGUGCCUAAGUGUUGUGGCAUCAGAGCACAGUGUUCUUCAGGAACGCGUGGCGGAGGUGCAGGAAGGGAACCGGCUGCUGAAACAGAAAUAUGACACGCUGCUGGAGGAGCACCAGCGCAUGGAAAAGACAUACCGGCAGGAGAAACUCCACAGCUCCGAGAUCUUGGAGCGCAUGAUCCUACCCAAACAACAGGCUGCUGUCCGCAUGAACCAUCGGAAUGAGAGGAGAGUGAGAGCCAGAGAGGCCAGUCUUCAUAAAGAACUUCAGAUAGCUGCCAGUAAGGACGUGAUUAUUGAUGAAGAGUCUGGAAAUGUGUCAACUCCCAAUCCAUCUUCACCAAAAUGUGAAACUUCAGAGAGGCUCGAGAGAUGCCAUGGACCACUUUUCAGGUCUGCUUCAGCUACAUCCCCCCGUAUCAUCAGCUCCCUCAGAGGUCUUUUUGAGAGGAAGAUUAGAGGAAAAUCAGUUUGCAGUUCAGAGGAAGAUCUCUAUAUACCAUUGGGGGUUUGUCUGGCUGCAAGGGUCCCAAUGAAGGCCAUUUUCGCAAUGGAUGCUCAUGAGCUUGGCAUCAACGCUGUGAGGUUCAGUACCAGGUCAAACCUGCUGGCCACAGGGGGAACUGAUAGAGUCAUCAAACUGUGGGAGAUUGAAUCAGGAACUCUUCAGAACAGAGGGACAUUAGAUGGAAGUAAUGAGGGCAUCACAAGCAUCGAGUUCGACCCUACGGGCACUCGGAUUUUAGCUGCGUCAUAUGACAAGUCAGCUCUAUUUUGGAGGCUAGAGGACAGCGUUCCCAAGGUUACAUUGACUGGCCAUUCUCGUAAAGUGACAGCAGCCAGGUUUAAGUACAGUCAGAGACAGGUGGUCACGGGCAGUGCAGACCGGACUGUAAAGAUAUGGGACCUUCAACGAGCAGCAUGCAUACAAACCAUUGAGGUUUUGUCUUACUGCAGUGAUGUGGUGUGCUCUGAGUACCUAAUCAUCAGUGGCCAUUAUGACAGAAAAAUACGUUUUUUUGACAGCAGGUCAGCGACGUGCACACAAGAAGUGCCUCUUCAGGGCAGGGUGACAUCAUUGGACCUCUGCCCCAACCACAGGCAGCUGCUCAGCUGCUCCAGGGAUGACGUCCUGCAGCUGGUGGACCUGAGAAAGAGCAACGAUAGGGUGGCCUUCAGGGCAGAGGGCUUCAAAUGUGGAAGUGACAGCACCAAGGCCAUCUUCAGUCCGGAUGGGAGUUAUCUGGCUGCUGGCUCUGCAGACGGUGCCUUGUACAUAUGGAGUGUGAACAAAGGAAACCUGGAAAAACGGCUUCCUGACAUGCACAGUUCUCCAAUAUGUGCAGUGGCUUGGUCAUUGUCGGGCGAAUAUGUUGCAAGUGUGGACAAGAGCCGUCGAGCUGUGCUCUGGAGUGACAUCUGAGACCGAAGACGAACAACAGAAUUUAUCAACUGAAAUCACUCCUGGAUAUUCACUCAGGGAUGUCAUCAAAACAGUCUCAUUGGGUGGGAAAUCUCACACUCUGCACUCCCUCAUCAACAAGACUAUUACAGUGUGUGACAGUCUGUUGCUAAGAAGCCUCGUUGUUCGUAAGCACAAACAGAUGUGCUAAUGUUACAGAGGUCUGGCAACAGUGGCGUGGAGCUCUGGGAUUUGUUAUGAAACCUUGUUACAGAUGCAUUUCUGACGCAGAUGGUGGCGAAACAUUUGUAAGCCUUCAUCUCACUUGACUUUUUGUACUGUAGUUGUUAGCAGCUUUGGAAUUUGACCUCUCUUUGAACUGUUUUAUCAACGACUCUUUUUAAACUCUUUUUCUAUCAAAAGAAAACAUGAACAAAAUGAAGCCAACCAUUUUUAAGACCAAUACAGCACAUUUCUGAAUACGUGGAAACUCAACCCUGCCACAUAUCAGUCCUAUUUUUAGAAUACAAAACCCGAAAUGUAAUUUUGAAUGCCUGCUACAAGAACGACCAUUGUAUAUUGUAACAUACUGACAUUGAGAUUCUUAAAUGCAAUACUAUAUAUAGAUUAUGUGGGAAUUUAUAUAUAAUUAUAUUGUAUAUAAUUGAGAGGAAUAGUUCUCCCAAAAAUGAAAAUUCUCUCACCAUUUAUUCACCCCCAUGUUUUUCGAAACAUUCUUACUUUCUUCUGUGGUGCACAAAAGAAGUUAUUUAUAAUAGAAUGUCCAAGCUGCUCUUUUCCAUACAAUGAAAGUGAAUGGUGGCAAGCAAGAUAUUCAGUAAAGACUUGGGGCAUUUUCAGACCUGUAGACCAUUUGCUUUGUUCCGAAACAGGGACUAACUUGUUACAAUGUUGCAUUUUCUUCUUGGUUCGGUUCGCUUUCACAAGGCAACAUUUCAAAACGGACCAAAACUAUGUCAAUAAAAGUCACAUGUGAGCAAACUGUCCCCUUAUUGGUCACUAUGUUUGUUCGCUGUUCCAGGAUUAAGCUCAUCCAUUGAUAUCCCGGUUAAAAUAAUAUUCCUGUAAAAAAAUGCGUCAACCAUUACAAAUUUUAGAGAAUUUUCGAGCGUUGCCAGUUAGAGGUUGUGCUCCAAAUACAAAUUAUCCAUCACUCGGAUGGAUAUGAGUUGUAAAGUUUCCGUCAUGGUUAUUUUUAUCCAUCAUUAGUUGCUUGUGCAUUAUUUCUCCAUUGAAACGUGCCUGUGCUCACAGAUCUCUCUCUCCAACUCUCUCGCACGUACACACAUGCACACACACUGACAAACAAACAGCAGAGUAAAGCUGUGUAAAAAAAUGUUUUUUAUUUGUCAAAAAGUUGCUAACGCUGUCCUACCGGUGUUCUGCCGCUAUCCAGAAGAGAGAAACGAUCGUACUAAAAUUACCUCAGGAAUUAUAAAACAGCUCCUAUUUUAAACAUGCAAUUAUAUCUAAUAUAGUUGCCAAAAGGCCAUAGCCACGUUUUGAUGAUGAAUUACAGAGAAGUGCUGAUCUACAGAUGUCUUUUCCAAAGAUCCCUCAGUUAUAUUCAUGGUUUUUAUAGGGAUAUUGUUUGGUUCGUUGGUCCGUUGGGUCGGUUUGCAUUCUCACCACAAGCGAACCGCCCCAGUCCGAGACCGCUCGAUUGUUUUGGUGCGGAUCCGAGUGCGAUUGCCGUGUUCAUAUAUGAUUAAAUGAACUGAACCAAGGGAGAAAAAGCACCAGGUUCUGAAACAAACGCUCCAAACGAGCCAGGUGUGAAAACGCCCUUAAAUUUCAGUCUGGUCCUCAUACAAAGCUAUUGUAUGGCUUUAGAAGACUUAUAUAGUGUCAUACUAUUUUUAUGAUGCUUUUAUUGUGCUUUUUGUCCUUUUUGGAGCUUGACAGCCCCUAGUCUGCAUCCAUUUUCAUCAUAAUGAAGAGAGCAGCUUGGACAUUCUACUAAAUUUCUCUUUUGGUGUUCUACAAAAGAAAGAAAAUCAUACAGGUUUGGAACGACUUGAGGGUGAAUAAAUGAUGUCAGAAUUUUCAUCUUUGGCAGAACUAUCCCUUUAAACACAGCCUCAGGGAAGUGCUUAGUUAUACUGGAUUGAUAAGCUUUUUAAAAAUGAAUGAGAAGAAAGCCUGCCCUCCACCAUGCUCUUUAGUGCUGUCAUAGAGACCCAGAAUGCUCACUGCUAAACUCCGCUCUGAUUAGCAUUUAAAAGAGCCCUCUUUCUGAUGAGAAUCACACCGCGCCACUCUCACUGACUUUGAAGACCGAAAUGACUGCCAUCAGACAUCACACAAGUUCAUCGUAAUGCAGAUUGGCACGUAAUUUGAUUUGCUGCCUACGUUUGCAUGUUAACUAUGUUUUAGAUGAGGAAAGUCUAAUGCCCAUCUUAUUACUUGUCAGCUUGGCUCAUAAAAUAUUGGAGUGUGGAAUUCUGAUAUUUAUAGAUUUAGCACUGCCUCUGAGCUCGUUGCUAUGAUUAAGAAAGUGCCACAAAAAUCAUUACAAUAGAUUUAUCGUAUAAUGGAAUAAUAUAUCAAAGGUUGGAUGUCUUGAAGAACAUGUCAGAUGGGUCAUAUUUCACCUCAAAAAUCAAAAGAAAUUAUACAGUUGUUCGCACAAAGAAAAUGAAAACUGUUUUUGUACCAUUAAGAAUUUGUGUUGUGAAAAAUUAUUUUCAUGACCAUUUAAAACAUUCUCAUUAAUGUUUUACUUAGUGAGAUUUUUUUGUAUGAUUUAUUCUUAAAAUCAGAAUAAAUUAAAGGCAGUAAAACAAAUAUGAUGUAUAAAUACUUAACAAUUAAAUGUAUCUUUUUCUGCUUUACAGUAAUUAGAAUGAGAUUAAUUUGCAUUGCAGUAAUGAUAAUUGUAGGGGAAAUGGGUUUAAUUAUUGUAUAAUUUCACAAUGCAUAAUACCUUAAUGGUCCUAAAAAUAGGCUUCAUUUCUCGGCAAAAUAUAAAUAUACUAAAAUACUAUUCCAAAUAAUAUACAGUAUUUUUCGUUUGAUUUUGUGGUCAAAUAAAAACAUAUUGUUGACAUGUUCUUCACAAGUGUCAUGAGAUUCGUCCAAAAAAUUUGACUUGAAAUACUGAUAAACUGAUAAAGCCACUUAGAUUAGUGACGAAACGCCUUAAACAACAGAGAAACAUGUCCAGUUGACAAGAAUAACUAUACUAGACAUUUUGGUUGAAGUUGAAUAACUGAUAUAUAGGGUUACCAUGGUCAUGAAAAAUCUGGAAAUAUAAGGGAAAUAUAAAAUUUAGAUUUCUAGGCCUGGAAAAGUCAUGGAAAUUUCUAUAGUGAAUAUACACUCACUGAGCACUUUAUUAGGAACACCUGUACGCCUAAAUAUUCAUGCAAUUAUCUAAUCAGCCAAUCAUGUGGCAGCAGUGCACUGCAUAAAAUCAUGCAGAUACGGGUCAGGAGCUUCAGUUAAUGUUGACAUCAACCAUCAGAUUGGGAAAAAGGUGAUCUCAGUGAUUUCGACCAUGGCAUGAUUUUUGGUGCCAGGCGGGCUGGUUUGAGUAUUUCUGUAACUGCUGAUCUACUGGGACUUUCACACACAAAGGUCUCUAGAGUUUACUCAGAAUGGUGCCGAAAACAAGAAGCAUCCAGUAAGCAGCAGUUCUGUGGACGGAAACGCCUUGUUGAUGAGAGAGGUCAACAAAGAAUGGCCAGACUGGUUCAAGCUGACAGAAAGGCUACAGUAACUCAGAUAACCACUCUGUACAAUUGUAGUGAGCAGAAUAGCAUCUCAGAAUGCACAACAAGUUGAACCUUGUGGCAGAUGGACUACAACAGCAGAAGACCACGUCGGGCACUUUAUUAGCACCAUAGUGUUCCUAAUAAAGUGCUCAGUGAGUGUACAUUUUUCUGCCUAAAAAUAUCUCAGCUAGAUUUCGCUUUAGAGUAAAACUUGCAAGCCGUAGUAAAUUCUGAUUUGUGAACAAAUUGUUCUUGUGAGCCACUGAAUUUGUGAAAAUGGUACACAAAUCAGUCUGAACGAUUCGUAUUAUUAUUCAGCAUGAUCUCAUGACAUUUACGUGACAAUGGCAACAUUUUUGCAAACCAAAAUUACGUGCUUCAUUACACGCUUGGCUGCAGUUUUCGAGUGAAAUGUCCAGCAGGGGGUGCCAAAAGUGAGUGAAAUUAUGUUAAUAUGUUAAUUCUGGUAAUCAGACUAGGUUUUUAUGGUGAAUAUUAGAUGGAUGUUUUAAUGAGUAAAACCUCCCUAACCUAAAACUUCAACCUAAACACAACCAAGUGCCUUAAAAGAUAAAUGAGAGGUGAACAAAACAGACAUCCUUACCCCAAACCAAUGCCUAAACCUAGUGUUUUAAAAGCAAAUUCCACAUGAAAGCACUUUUACUGGAGCAACCACAUCAAUUUGUGUUGCUUCUAUGGCACUUUUGCUUCACUUUCACUCCAAGUGGUCCUUGGCUGGGCUUGAGGCUCGGUCUCCAUGUCCAAAGUUCAAGACUCUAUCAGGGGAGCUACCAUGGUAAUCAUGUUGGAAUAUGUGUGUAAAUGUAAGUGGUCUGUAAUACAAGCAUUAAAAUGUAGCGUUUUUCGAAUGAUGCAUUAGAGUAAAAGUGUUUUGAUAUCAUAACAUAGCAGGGUGUGGGUAAUAGAGUGAAAAAUACCAGUUUAUAAAAUCAUAAACAGCCAUAGUACCAGUGAUUUGUGUGUAAGUGAAAAAAACGCACAGUUGUUUUAGCACCUCUAGUGUUCAUUUCAUAAGGAAACUGCAGCAAAAUGUAGAAAGCGGCAUGUAAAACUCAGUUUGCAAAAAUGUAGUUGUAGUAACAUUUAUUCUAUGAGACUAGGUUGAGCAAAUUGGUCUGAAUCUAAAUGAUUUUCAGCAAUCUGAAAUUACUGAAAAGGUCAUGAAAAAGUCAAUUUCAUUGGUCAAAAAUGGUGGGAUAUACCUUAGAUGUACAAUUAAAUUAGUUUGAAUAGCAAAAUUGUGCACAGGAAAUAAACAUACAGGGAUGCUUACAUGUUGCACUACUUGGAGGAAUAGAUUUGAGAUUAAAUAUAUACAGUAUUUGUUUACCCCUAAAAGGGACAUUUUAUUGUUUGAGGAACACGUUUUCUUUUAUUAAUUAUAUUAUUACCGCUGUAAACUUCAAGAACCCUCCCUUUCCAUAUGUGGAUUGUUCUAGUUGCACAGUUAUCAAGGGAACAGCUUUAUAUCUGUAAACAACACACCCACUUUUGUAAAACCGCUUCAUAGUUUUUUCUUUUCUUUUUUUCUAUGUUUUCUGAGGGAAAUAAACAGAAUAAAUUAUAGGAUGCCAUAGCAAACUACAGAGUAAAAACCAAAACCAGAGAGUUUGACAAAGUGGUUAGGAAUGCAAAGAAUAAAAACAAACAGUCCAACAGUUAUGGUUGUAAGAUCCAGUUUCCAAGAAUAAGGUACAAAAUAGGGCCUGAAAUUCUUUAGAAAUUAAGUAAUUUAUUUUUCAACAAUUAAAGAAGAAAAUGUCAUUGUCAACCUCAGGCAGGUCAAGCUAAGUAUUAUGAGUGGAUUUAUUUUCUAUUUAACUCUUGCAACCCUGUUACCAAAAUUCCGGACAUGUUUGGAUAGAAUUUAAAUCUCUUUUUGUGAUUUUUAUUUGUGUGAUUGUAAUAGAUUUUUAAAAGGUGACAAGGUUGUAAAUAUAGCCUAAAUUAAGCUCUCAUUUAGUUUGGGCUUACUAGUUUGGGACCAAAUGUUGGUUUUUAAUGAUUGAUAAUAUUUCCCAUAAAUUAAAGACAUUUAUUCUUGCAAUACCUUGAUAACAGGGUUGAAUGUUUGCACUUGACGAAUGCAGUCAACACAAAUAUUUGUGUAAAAAUUAAGGGAAGGGGGUGUUUAAAACAGGAUACUUUUCAUGCUACAAUAAUUCUAUGUUAGUUAGUUUAUCUAACAUAUCUAAUAGUUCAAAAUAGCUCACAACAUGGUAUAAAAACAUGGGAUUUGUGCCUAAUGCAUUAAGAAAAAUGUGACUGGACACCAAAGUGUACCUUAUUAGUGGAAAGUGCUAACUAAGAACAUUUAUUAACAUGUAUUUUUGUCAGACUUUAGUUUUUUUUUAAGUGUUGCACGUUUUGCCAUAACACCGGAAGUAAUGAUGCUAUGGGUAUUGGAGUUUGUAAUGUUUUGUCAUAUGUCAUUUGUACAGUAAUAUGUUUGUGUUAUUUUUAAACUCAGUUCAAGAAUCCUAAUAUUCCUUUUUAAACAUCUUUUAAUUGCAGUGGCUGUUUGACAUGGUUUGCAAUUGCAUUUUAUUUUCUGGUAAAUAAAUGAACUGGUAAAUUCAA